GGCAGAUUCCAUCACCCAUCGCUCUCAAAUCUCCAGGCGCGCACAACUGCAUUACGCCGCCGACACCUUUUUAUAAAACCCCAUGAAUCCACUCUAAUUCUUCCCACGCACUCCCCUGCUCUUCGUCAUGGCUUCCUGCACAUUUUCCCCCAUCAUCAUCUUCCUCCUCCUCUCUCCAUCCCUCUCCUUGUCCGCCCCCACCAUGUCAUCCGGCUUUCUCUCCACACUCCACUCCACAAUAAACCAUAUCCAGCAAGUGAGCAGCAUCGUCUCCACCUUUGCCGGAACCUUCGACGGCGACCUCCGUCUCUCCUCCGCUAUCUCCGAUUGCCUCGACCUCCUCGACUUCUCUUCUGACGAGCUCUCAUGGUCCCUCUCUUCCGUUGGCGCCGCCACCACUGCCUCGGUCAUGUCAGGCACCGGUGAUCGCCAUGCCGACCUUCGAUCCUGGCUCUCCGCCGCUCUCGGAAACCAGGACACUUGCAAGGAAAGCCUCUCCUCCACCGGAAGUUUGCUCGCCUCGCUCGCCUCCGACGGCCUCGACACCAUUACCUCUCUUCUAUCACAAGGAAUUCGGCAGCUUCCCGCCGGGGGAUUCGGAGGGAGGAGGCUGAGGAGGCUGGUGGGAGGUUUUCCGAGGUGGGUGACGGUGGCUCACAGGAGGUUGUUACAGGCGGCGGUGGCGGCGGUGGAUUUGACGGUGGCGAAGGACGGCAGUGGAAACUACACGACCGUGGCCGUGAGUGCCGCGGGGGAGGCGGCGCCGGCAGAGAGCGGACGGCGGUUUGUGAUUUAUGUGAAGCGGGGGGUUUAUGUGGAGAAUGUGGAGAUUAAGAAGAAGAAAUGGAAUUUGAUGUUGGUGGGCGAUGGAAUGAACGAAACUAUUAUUUCCGGCAGCCGGAAUUUCGUUGAUGGGUGGACUACGUUUCGGUCGGCUACUUUCGCCGUCGCCGGAAAAGGCUUCAUAGCCCGCGACAUAACCUUCGAGAACACCGCCGGCGCAUCAAAACACCAAGCAGUCGCUCUCCGCUCCGACUCCGAUCUCUCCGUCUUCUACCGCUGCGGCAUUCUUGGCUACCAAGACACCCUCUACGCCCACUCUCUCCGCCAAUUCUACCGCGAAUGCCGCAUCUCAGGCACCGUCGACUUCAUCUUCGGCAACGCCGCCGCCGUCUUACAAAAUUGCCAGAUUCUCUCCCGCCUUCCCCUCCCCGACCAAAAAAACACCAUCACAGCCCAAGGCCGCAAAGACCCCGAUCAGAACACCGGCUUUGUUCUCCAGUUCUGUAACAUCACCGCCGACGUUGAUCUGUCCAACGCCAAAAACUCCUUCACCCAGACAUAUCUCGGCCGGCCCUGGAAGGAGUACUCUCAGACCGCUAUAUUGCAGUCGUAUAUCGACGGUUCGAUUCGGCCGGAAGGGUGGCUCCCCUGGAACGGUGAUUUCGCGUUGAGCACGCUUAAUUAUGCGGAGUAUAUGAAUUUUGGACCGGGUUCGGGAGUUGGGGGUCGGGUCAAGUGGCCCGGUUAUCAUGUUAUUAAUAGUUCGGUUCAGGCUGCUAAUUUUACUGUGUCGCAGUUCAUUGAGGGCAACCUUUGGCUGCCGUCGACCGGGGUUAAAUAUACGGCCGGUCUGGAGGUAUAGGCUGAAGGGAUGGCAUUAAUUUGGCAGCGAGUUUAUUUAUUAUGGGGGAUUUGCAUGAGUUGAAAUUAUCAGUGGCAGUGUUUAGGUAGCAUGACAGUUGCAGGCUAAGGUUUGCUUGCCAGUUUGUGCUUAUUAUUUUUUGUCUAAUUAUUUGUUUGGGGAUAUUUUUAGUGUAAAUUAUUUGGUGGGAGGAUAUGGUCCGUAUAAGAUGGUUUUGUCAGUUAUGCAUGGCAGGAGUGAUGAAUAUGUUUUGUUGUUAUUGUUGUUGUUGUAUUAUUGGAACAUUGAUUCCCCUAGAAUACAAGAAGAAAGAUUUAAGUCUGAAA